GUCUCUGAGUAAUAGGCUCUGGCGGAAGUUCCCUCUUGGCUCUACUGUGACUGACUCCAUUUUGUGAGAAGGGAGCUGUUUGCACAUACACGACAUACUCACCAGAGAAAAAAAAUAGACUGAAGAUGAGCGGCAGUCGCAUUUUCAUCGGUCGGUUGAACCCCUCUGCUCGGGAGAAAGACGUCGAGCGGUUCUUCAAGGGGUAUGGAAGAAUAAGAGACAUUGACCUGAAAAGAGGCUUCGGAUUCGUUGAAUUUGAUGAUCCUAGAGAUGCUGAGGAUGCAGUCUAUGAGCUUGAUGGAAAAGAGCUCUGCAAUGAGAGGGUGACCAUUGAGCAUGCCCGCGUCCGUCUGCGUGGGGGCAGAGGUCGUGGAGCCAGUGGAGGACGUUUCCCUGGUCGGUAUGCUCGUGGCUCUCAGGACAGCCGAAGGAACCCUCCACCAAUGCGUACUGAGAAUCGCCUCAUUGUGGAGAAUUUGUCUUCCAGAGUCAGCUGGCAGGAUUUAAAGGAUUUCAUGAGACAAGCCGGAGAGGUUACUUUUGCAGAUGCCCAUCGUCCAAAGCUAAAUGAGGGUGUGGUUGAGUUUGCUUCACAUAGUGAUCUACAAAAUGCCCUGGAGAAGUUAUCUGGGAAGGAGAUCAAUGGAAGGAAAAUCAAGCUUGUUCCAGCAGGCAGGAAAAAAUCCAGGACUCGCUCGCGCUCAAAUAGCUCAUCCCGUUCUCGUUCCCGAGGGCGCUCCCCAUCACGCUCUCGCAGCCGCUCCCGUUCCCACAGCCCCAAAUCACAUAACCGCUCCAGAAGUCACUCCCGUUCAGCCAGUACUUCUCCUGUGCGGCCCAAAGAAGCAAAGGAUGCGUCACGUGCUGAAUCUGCAUCACCACCGACCCCAGCACAGCGACCCCCACUGUCCCGUUCCCCAUCCACUGACAGUCUUCAUUAGACUCUGCUGUUCUUAGGGCUUAGAAAUACUUCUAUGGUCAAAAACUGCAAGAGGUUGGUGAGGUUUAUAGCAGCAAUAUUGGUCAGUUUAAGUCCUAAAAUUAGAGAGUCAGUCUCUCUCCAUGACAGAAGUUUUGGAGUGUCAAAGCAGGGGCUCAGUUGCUGUCUUAAAGGUAUUUUACAGAUAGAACUUGUCACCUUAAAUCAGGACAAUACAGCUGUUAUUAUUAUUUCUAAAAUUACAUGUCUGAAAUGGGUACUUUUUGAUUGUUUCUUUUUAUCACCAUGUUCAGAGUGAGGUUUGAUUUGCCGUUUUUAUGAAUAAUCUUUUGUAUGUUAUAUUAUGACAGACAAGAACAGGGCUUGAAGCUGAUUGUAACGUGCUGCAGUUUAAGGUGAGAAUAGAAUUGCCAGCUUGACCAUGUAAGUGCAGAUGCAAAAUUGGGAAGAAGCCCAGUGUAUUCCGAGCCAUUUUAAUUCCAACAAAUUGAAUAAAAUAACGUUGCUAAUACCCUUCAACUGUGACGCGUCCUCCUGAUGAUUUACAAAAUACAGCUUCUGCUUGUUUAAGGGUAUUGGCAGAUAUUUUUUUGUUUCUUCAGGAUUAUAUGUGAGAAUUGUUCGUAAUGUGGCUAUUUAACAUAAUCUCACUCUGUCAAAGAAUUAUCUGCAUUUCCUCCCAUGUUGCAUGAGUAAAGAGGUCUUGUUAUACAUGCUAUAACUUUUGUAAAACCCCCUGUAUCUUACACAAGCCUAUUCAUAUAUAUAGUAUGUAUUUCAUUUCUGAUUGUGUAUACACAUUUCAAUGUUGACUUCUUGUUUGGAUAAACUAAGCUUUUUCUUUUUUUUUUUUUUUUUGCACCACGCAUUUCUCAUUUUGAGAAGAGAGGAUUCAAUUUUAGUAUGCUGUAGUAUUGGAUAGCUUUUUUUUCUCUCUCUCAUUUGAGUGGUUUUAUGUGGAAAUCAGAUCAUUUUGAAUCGAGGUCAUGUCUGUUUUGAUGCAUGUUUUUCAUUUGUUGCUACAUUUCUUUUUAUUAUCUUUCAUCAUACAAAUAGUACACAUGAAAGUUCUUUGAAUGUUUGUGUAACACUGUAAUAACAAAUAAAUUCUUGAACA